UGCGGGAAAAUUCGGUAAAGUCACUUUUUCUGGUAAAAUUGAGUCACACAUAAAUAUGGGACAUAUUUAGCGAUCAAGGUGCUAUGUUGUGUUUUUAUUUACUUAGGUCUUCUGUUAUUGUAAAGUUGGUCUCAAGUUAUCAAACGUUUCUUUGAGAGAAGAAUAAGGAUAGUAUUUGGUUUUUCUGCUUGUAAAAAAAUAUUUAAACUUGCGUAAAAGGAAAUUAAGUUCUUGUAUACGUAAAAGUGUACAUAAAGAACGUGUAAAUGUGCGUGAAAAAUGCUAAAGUAGUUGAUGGUGAGGUUUCUGAUACUUUAACUGUUGAAUCGGAAAAUGUUUCACCAGUAGUUAAAGAGACUAAAAAUCCUAUUACUGAAGUUUCUUUAAAGUCUAUAUCUCAGCUUCGGGGAGUGUGGCGAGGAAUAUCACAAAAAGAUGGUGAUUCUAAUGUAUCAAAACAUCAAUUUUGGAAUACUCAACCAGUUGUUCAAAUCGGGGACAAAACCAUUGAAACCUCUACUGGUAGCAUCGAGAAACUAGGAGACAAGGAGACAAUCCCUGAAAAUCCAUAUACCCUUCCUUCACCAUUCAUGUGGAAGACAUGUAAUGUGAUGGAUGACAAAGAAUUGGAAGAGGUGUAUAUUCUGUUAAAUGAAAAUUAUGUGGAGGAUGACGACAAUAUGUUUCGAUUUCAAUAUUCUAAAGAAUUUCUUCGGUGGGCAUUGACUGUGCCAGGAUAUCAUCCUGAAUGGCAUGUUGGCGUUACGACAAACAAUCGAAAGCUAGUUGCUUUUAUAACGGGAACACCUGCCACAAUUUUCGUAAAAAAAGAAGCUCUAAAAAUGGCAGAAAUAAAUUUUUUGUGUGUUCAUAAAAAACUACGAUCUAAACGUCUGGCACCUGUUCUUAUCAAAGAGGUAACGAGACGGGUGCAUCGUACUGGAAUAGCUCAUGCUGUUUAUACUGCUGGUAUACUUUUAACUCAACCUGUCUCUGAGUGCAUUUAUUAUCAUAGAUCACUAAACAUAAAGAAAUUAGUGGACAUUCGUUUCACUAGUUUAGGACCCAGAACCACAUUGUCUAUGGCUCAGCGUCUUUAUAGACUUCCAGAACAAAUAAAUAUUUCUGGUUUGCGUCCAAUGAAAUCAAAAGACGUUCCACAAGCGUUUAACCUACUUUGUCAGAACUUAAAAGAGAAAACAAGUUUAUAUCCCAUCUUCACAUUAGAAGAAUUCAAACAUAUAAUUUUACCGUCUAAAGAUGUUAUCGUAAGCUAUGUUAGAGAGUUGGACAACAAAAUUACCGAUUUUUUUUCAUUUUAUUUCUUACCUUCUUCUGUGAUUGGGAACCCGAAAUAUAAAUUACUUAAUGCAGCUUACUCCUACUAUAAUGUUGCCACAAGUGUUCCGCUGGAAGACUUGAUAGGUGCUGCUUUAAUUAUAGCAAAAAGAUUAGGAGUUGAUGUUUUUAACGCGUUGGAUUUAAACGAAAAUUCUCAAUUUAUUGAAAAACUAAGAUUCGGCCGUGGUGAUGGUUCUCUUCGGUAUUAUCUAUAUAACUACAUAUGUCCUCCGAUGGAAGCGUCAAAUGUAGGAUUAGUCAUGCUGUAGAUUGAGCUUGGUUUCGCGUAAUAAUAAUUUAUUACUAACGCAAUCAAUGGUGGUGUUGUAAUUUAAAUUCAUUUUGUCAUAGUAUAGCAUAACAGGUUAAAUAUUUUUGAUAUAUUAACACAGUAUUUAAAAAAAAUUUAAAUUAAGUAACAU